UAUCAUUGUACCAUUUUUUUAGGGUUCAUUGUAAGUUUUUAAAUUACGCCCGUUUUGAGGGUGCUCACAGCCCACUGUGCGCCCCCUGAGGGGGCUGGGACCAAACUAAUUGCGGGGUUCUUACUUACUGGGUGGGUAUAUAUUGUAAAAAAAAAUUGAGCGAAAUCGAAAGACAUGACUCAAAAACGUUGGUCUAGUAGACAUGGAAUGACUCUUAUUUUAUGUAUUAUUUUGUUUCCUGUUGUUAAUUGUUAUAUAGGGUGUCCGGUGAGUGGUGGUACAAACUUCAGAUUGACUAAGAAAAAACGUUUUGUGAACAAGUUGCCUAUCUUGAAAAUUGAAGGGGCAAAAUGACAUUUUGAUAAUAAAAUAAAGAGAUAAAACGAAAAUUUUGAUGGUGGUAACUGAUGGGUAACUGGUAGUACUUUGAAAACUGAGCAAAUUUUGCCCUUACAAAUUUUUGCCUAACUUGAAAAUUGAAGCGGCUAUGACCACAAUCAUAAAAAAGACUCGAAGAAAAAAUCAAUAGCAAAAAUGGAUUCUACGAGUACGUUCAAAAUUGAUCAAAUUUUGUUCUCUUCAAUUUUUGGCCUAGAUCAAAAUAUUGGAGGAGCUACGCAACAUUCAAAGUAUGAAAAAUUUCAAGGGUUGCUCAAUUUUUUUGAAAUUUCUUUUAAAUGUCGCGUAGAUCCUUCAAUUUUGACUUAUGGAAAAAAUUAAAGAGAACAAAAUUUGAUCAAUUUUGAAUGUAGAAUCCAUUUCCGCUAAUGAUUUUUUCUUCGAGUCUUAUUUUAUUCUAAAUGUGGUCAUAGCCCCUUCAAUUUUCAAGUUGGGCAAAAAUUUGUAAGGACAAAAUUUACUCAGUUUUCAAAGUACUACCAGUUCCCACCAUCAAAAUUUUAAUUUUCAUUUUAUCAUUUUAUCUGUUUAUUAUCAAAAUGUCAUUUUGCCCCUUCAAUUUUCAAGAUAGGCAACUUGUUCAUCUAACGUUUUUUCUUAGUCCUAUAGUCGUAUGUAUCCAAAUCUGAAGUUUGUAUCACCACUCCCCGGACACCCUGUAUGUAUAGAUUUUUUUAGUUACCACAUGGACAUUUUUGUGCGUGCGCAACUGAGCAACAAGGUGCAAUGUAUGGAUCCUCAUAAAAAAAAACCUUAUCAGUUAUCACUUAUCACAAUACGGACAUUAACCCAUCUGGACAUUUUUUCAUGAAUUCCGAAUUUCCGAAUUCCAGCUGCGAGUGCCUUUUGAAGUUUCGAUCUUGUGAGGACAAAUUCGAUCAAGAUAAACAUGAGAUCCCAGGAAUACUGGAGCCAAUUGAUGCGAGAUGCCGGAAUCGGCGAUGACUGUAUCGAAGAAUACGCGGCGAUGUUUGUAGAACAACGUAUCAGAUAUUUCCAGAUUUUCAAACUUGUUUAUACAGAUUUUAAAUUGAUCGGCAUGAAACGUGUGGGAGACAUAGUACGAUUACGCCAGUAUAUUAUUCGUGAUUUAAAUGAAGCUAGGAGAAUAUCGUAUACUCGGGAGUUGUGUGCUAGAAUCAGCUCAACGGACCUGUCACCAUCCGAAUCAGUGCCAGUGAGUGUUGAUGCGAACAUGAAAUCCCAGGAAUACUGGAGCCAAUUCAUGCGAGAUGCCGGAAUCGGCGAUGACUGUACUGAAGAGUACGCGGCGAUGUUUGUAGAACAACGUAUCAGAUAUUUCCAGAUUUUCAAACUUGUUUAUAAAGAUUUUAAAUUGAUCGGCAUGAAACGUGUAGGAGACAUAGUACGAUUACGCCAGUAUAUUCGUGAGUUAAAUGAAGCUAAGAGAAAAUCGUAUGACCGGGAGUUGUGCGCUAGAAUCAGCUCAACGGAACAGUCACUAUCUGAAUCAGUGCCAGGUUGUUACCAGUGAUUACCAUGAUUAUCGCCUGCUUCGAAGCUUGAAUUUAUCAUCGAUGAUUGUUAAUUAUUGCAACAGUGAGAUUUAUGUAUCCGGAUAAUUCGUUCAAAUCGUCUCGUAAGGUUGUUACCAGUGAUUACUGAUUGUCGCCUGUUUCGAAGCUUGAAUUUAUCAUCAAUGAUCGUUAAUUGCAACAGUGAGAGUAAAUCUAUAUUGUCCGGCAUAUGACAAUAGGAGUAAUUGCACCCCCCCCCCCCCCGAUCCUCCGGGACAACUUUUUUCUUAAAG